AUGUUGUGGAAUUUCAGUCAAAACAGAUGGUACAGAAAAUGAUGAAAUCUUUAAUUAUGAUAAUCUUAUAGAUAAUAAAGAUAAAGAAAAUAAUGAUAGAAAUAAUAUAGAUAAUGAAUUAGAAGGAAGAGAAGAGAGAGAUUAUAAGCAAGAUUAUAAUAAUUGGAAUGGUUUAAAUUUUAAUGAUAGUAAUUAA